AUCCGAAGGGGGGGAGAAAAAAAUGCAUUGACUAAACCACGGCGGUGCCCAAAGCGGGAACGGAUGCUGAAUUUGUCCUGUUAACUCCCGAUAGCCUCGUCGCGAAGUCUCACAAUCUGAUCUAGAUCGAUUCGUCGAAAAGAUUUACCUAGCUUUCGGGAAGAGACACACGGAAAGAAGCGACAAAGGAGAAGAACAACGAAGCAGCUCAUCCGCAGCCAUGCCUCGAGUACCCCAGUCCUCUGAUUUCCCGUCCUCCUUAACCCUAUCCAUCAUUCCUCCCGCUUCCCAAGCGAGCAGCAGCACAAACAUCCUUCUCAUCCUUCACGGUCUCGGCGACACUAUCAACCCAUACAACUCCUUUGCCUCAGCCUUACAUCUCCCGGAAACCACCUGUAUAACUCUCCAAGCGCCUACCCAGCUUCCGUUCCUGCUCACGGGCUACCACUGGGGCGACGAUCUCGUAUUUGAAGGUGACACAAUCGAUCCGGAUCCGGGCUUCACACGUGCCAAUCGCCUAAUCGUGCAUGAGCUUAUAGUCAACGUGUUGAUUGGAAAAUUGGGGUACAAGGCGAGGGAGAUUCUGAUCCUUGGAUACGCACAGGGUGCCGCGGUGGGGCUUGCCGCGGCCAUGGAGUUGAAUCGCCUGGAGAAAGCGGAAUAUAGAGAACUUGGAGGCGUUGUGGCUCUGGGAGGCGUUGUUCCUCUUUCCGCUGUAAAGGAGGAUGGCAGAAGAGGCAAGUCAAGGACUCCUGUGCUGCUAGUCGGCGGAAGGGGCCCAGAGAGCGCGGUGACAGACGGAGGGACGGGUCGGACGAAAGGGGAGUUUGACUUCGUGGAACUGGUACGGUGGCAGCGGAGAGGAGACGGAAUGCCGGGAAAUAGAGAGGAAAUGCUGCCUGUGAUGCAGUUCCUCUCUCGAAGGCUGCGGAGUAGAAGUGGCGUCCCUGAGGGCAGCGUUGAGCUCACUUGAAUACCCUUCCAGCCGAAUAUUGACGACGGCUGGAGCGAAUU